ACCUGGGAGCGGCGGCGCGGCCGCGUAAUCCGUCACUCCCGGGAGAUGUCUCAUUAACCCAUUAACCGGGGAGGAGGGAGCAGCCGGGGGUGUGAGGCUGAGUGCGGGCAGGGGAGGAGCCGGGCGGGGCAGCGACAGCUCCGCCGCGCAGCCCGGGCAGGGGCCGCACUUCCCCGAGCAGCGUGGGGAGCGACGGCGGCCGCGGCCUCCGGGGACACGCGUGGGAGCAGCUCGCCGAGCCGGCCGGCCUCUCUGCCCCAGGAUGAAGCGGUUGUGCGAGGAGAGCUCGUCCGACACGGAGUCUGACGGCACCAUCGAUGUGGGUCGGGAGGAGGAGUACAGCCACGUUUCCAGGUCCGUGUCUCCCACUACAACGUCUCAGAUCCAAGCCAGGAAGAAGCGGCGAGGGAUCAUUGAGAAGCGACGCCGCGACCGUAUCAACAGCAGCCUCUCGGAGCUGCGGCGCCUGGUGCCCACGGCCUUCGAGAAGCAGGGCUCGUCCAAGCUGGAGAAGGCAGAAAUUCUGCAAAUGACAGUAGAUCACUUAAAAAUGCUUCACGCCACUGGAGGAGCAGGUUUCUUGGAUGCUCGCGCUCUGGCUGUGGAUUACAGGAGCAUCGGCUUCCGCGAGUGUCUCACUGAAGUUGUCAGGUACCUGGGCGUCCUCGAGGGCCAAAACGCCGCUGACCCCAUCCGGCUGCGACUCCUCUCCCACCUGAAUAACUACGUGGCCGAAAUGGAGCCUUCACCCGUGGCCUCGUCCCUCGUGCCCAUCCAGACGUGGCCGUGGUCCUUCCUCCACAGCGCCGCCGGCCCCGUGCAGAUCCCCAGGAGAGAGGCUGCUCCCGCUCCCCUCGUGUUGACUGCAUCUUCCCUGGCUUACCCGAGCCCCGCCGUGAGGCCGGCUCCCCUGCGCCGCGUCCCCGGCGACAUGCUGCCGUCCCGCCGAAGCUUCCUGGCCGGCAGGAUGGCUUCUUCCAGCCGCAGAGCCCGAGGCGCGGGCUCGGCCGUGGCCGGAGCAGCCGUGCCCAGGAUGCCGUCGCCAUCGGGCGUGUUGAGAGAGGGCUCGUCCAAGAGCGGCCAGAUCACAACGUUCCUCUUCUCACCAGCCUCCGCCAGCGUCCCCGUGCCACCGGCUUACACGGCACCUCCCGCCUUGGGUGCUGCCGCGCAGGGACCCGGGAUCAGGGUUGGGACAUCCAGGAUCUGCCGCUCCUGGGCGACUGAAAUCGGGGCUUUCUGACCCACCCCUCCCCUUCGGAGAUGGGAAUUCUUCAGCACUCAUUGCCCACAGGCCUAAGAACGAACCCGGCUGAACAGGCAUCUUUCCUGCUUUGCAGAAGCCAAGGAUCCGUAAAGAAAAUUCUCUUUACUCUUCCCGCCCUCCUCACGCCGCCCUCCUUGCCUCGCCAUCACGUCCUCUCCCUCGUGAUGCCUGCAAACGUAAAUCACACCCCAUUUGAUGCACUCGUCUGCACGCGGCUGAAUCCAGAGCUGCAAGGGAGGGGGCACCCGCGGACCCCAACCCUGUCCCUCCUCCAGCAAACCCCAGCAUUGCUCCCCUUGGGCAAACAGCCAGCCUCGAAAUACCGUCUGAUUUCCCUGGGGACUCAGAAUUGCCAGACACUUGCUCACGCAGAUUCUGUUGGGACGGACGCAGCUCAAUCCCCCUCCCCAGCACCCCCGAGGCAGGUGAGAGCCCCCUCCAGCUCCCUCCACAAACUCCUGCUGAUCCCUGUGCUUUCCUCACUGCGUAACCAGCUUUUCCCACCAAUGUGCUCUUGAGGUGGAGUGAGGCAAGAGCUGAGCAGGGCUGGUUCCCACAGCCUGGCCGAAAUGCCGCUGUGUCCACAGGGGGAGGUUCUGCAGCCCCUGCUCCUCACCAGGGUGUGAAGAGGCGAGACAGAGGAUUUCAAAGGGAUGUCUGUAACCCAGGGGAAGGCUGUGACGGCCAAAGUGAGAAGAAAAACCUUCCCCUCUGCCAGUCUCCCCGCUGGAGCCGUCUCUCCUCCAUCCCCUGCUGAUUGCAAAUGGGUCGGCCAGGCUGCGUUUGAAGUGCCUCCCUCGCCCUGUCACAGCCCUGCAUCCCUCACCCUCUCCUCCCACAAAGUCUCUUGUUUUCUUUCUUCAGCACCACGUUUUGGUCUCACGCUGCUCAUCCCUCUCCCCGGGCCAGCACCAAAACCCGCUGAGGUUUCACUGCAGACCUCGGCAAGCUCUGGCUCUGCACUUGUCCUGCUUCACAACAGCUUUUUCUGCCUUGGCCCAUGUGCCCCUAAAUAACCGACACAGCAGAUACGCCUCUGCUCCCCCGGCUGUCCGCCCCUCCUUGGGGCCGAAAGGAACAGAAACCCGAAGCUCUCGAGCUCCUAUGUGAUGUCGCCAGCUCGCAUGGUGGCCGGGGCAGGAUGUCCCAGUGCCCCGCUUUGUCUGAACAGCCCCCGCUCCCUGGAUCUGUGCCUUGAUGAGCUGGGAUACACGUGCAGAAAUGCCCACGCCGAGGAGUCUCGCCCACCUCUGCAGCGCUGUGACGCGAAAAGAGAGAAAAGCGUGGGAAGGUCAGUGCAAAGAAACAUGAAAGAGAGGGAGAUCAUCUCUCCCCACGCCUCAGGUCAAACGCGCAGCCAGUGAGACUGUGGAUGAGCUGGUGGUUGCGUUCCUACGGGUUGUAUCUGCCACGUGCAUGUUGCUGUGUGUAUCUGCUCUUGUUUCAAAAGUGAGUCCCUCCCGGUUGUUUUGGUGAACAUCAUCGCACUUAACGCACAGAAAUGCCUCCGCUACUUCUCGUCGCCCUUGUCCUGAAGUGCCAGAAUCACCCAGGAACAACUUAUUCCCUUUUAACGAAGGCAGAGGAGGUCCCCGCAGACCCCGGCUGUCCCUGCGGCCGGUUGGCACGCUCGAGCUCACAGCAGCUAGCCCGGCCUUGCUCCACACUGUGCAGAGCUGUUAGAUUCACGAGCUGUGACAUCCAGCAAAGGUGUCAAAUAAAAGUCUUUCAAACCCC